GGUCGGGGAUUCCAUCGCGUGCACUGACUUCCGCCUGGCCGGCCAGCCGGCAGCAAAGCGAGAGGCGCGAGCCGGGAGUCGGAGAAGGCCGCAGCCAUGCAGGUCACCAGCCUCAAUGAGGUGAAGAUCUACAGCCUGAGCACGGGCCCGAGCCUCCCCGAGUGGAUUUCCAGUAAGAAGAAGAGAGCAGUACAAAAGAAAAAUGUGGAUGUUCGCAGAAGAAUUGAACUUAUUCAAGACUUUAACAUGCCCACAGUUAGCACAACUAUUAAGGUAUCAAGGGAUGGACAGUAUAUUAUGGCAACUGGAACAUAUAAGCCAAGGAUCCGGUGUUUUGAUACCUACCAAUUAUCCUUGAAAUUUGAAAGAUGCUUAGAUUCUGAAGUGGUUACAUUUGAUAUUUUAUCAGAUGAUUACUCAAAGAUUGUCUUCUUGCACUGUGACAGAUACAUUGAGUUUCAUUCACAGCAUGGCUAUUAUUACAAGACAAGAAUACCAAAGUUUGGUAGAGAUUUCUCCUAUCACUACCCAUCAUGUGACCUGUAUUUUGUAGGCGCAAGUUCUGAAGUAUACAGAUUAAAUCUGGAACAAGGAAGGUACCUGAAUUCGCUACAAACAGAUGCUUCGGAGAAUAAUGUCUGUGACAUAAAUCCCAUGCACUGCUUAUUUGCUACUGGGACAGCUGAGGGGAAAGUGGAAUGCUGGGACCCUAGAACUAGAAAUCGAGUGGGUGUGUUGGACUGCGCUUUAAGCAGUCUGACAGCAGAUACAGAAAUAGAUGGCUUGCCAUCUAUUUCAGCACUGAAGUUUAAUGGAGCUUUGAAUAUGGCUGUAGGCACAUCCACUGGACAGAUUUUGUUGUAUGAUCUCAGAUCCAAUAAUCCAUUAGUAGUCAAAGAUCACCUGUAUGGCCUGCCUAUUAAAUCAAUCCUGUUCCAGGAUCCAUUAGAUUUAAUAAUAUCUGCAGAUUCACGAAUCAUAAAAAUGUGGAACAAGGACACAGGGAAAAUAUUUACUUCCAUGGAGCCAGAACACGCUAUCAAUGAUGUCUGCCUUUAUCCUAAUUCAGGAAUGCUGCUGAUGGCCAAUGAAGACCCUAAAAUGAACAUCUACUACAUUCCAGUUUUAGGUCCUGCCCCAAGAUGGUGCUCAUUCUUGGACAGCUUGACAGAAGAACUGGAGGAGAAUCCAGAGAGCACAGUUUAUGAUGAUUACAAAUUUGUUACCAGAAAAGAUCUUGAAAAUUUAGGCCUUGCCCAUCUCAUUGGAUCACCACUGCUCAGAGCAUAUAUGCAUGGCUUUUUCAUGGACAUAAAACUGUAUCAUAAGGUGAAAAUGAUGGUCAAUCCAUUUGCCUAUGAGGAAUAUAGAAAAGAGAAAAUUAGACAGAAGAUAGAAGAAACACGUGCACAAAGAGUUCAGCUAAAGAAACUUCCAAAGGUUAAUAAAGAGUUGGCACUCAAGCUGAUUGAAGAGGAAGAGGAACAGCAGCCUGCUAGAAAAAAGAAACGAAAGAAUCUGCCUAACAUUCUCACUGAUGACCGGUUCAAAGUCAUGUUUGAGAAUCCAGAUUUCCAGGUGGACGAGAAGAGUGAAGAAUUUAGGCUGCUUAAUCCACUUGUUUCUAAAAUAAGUGAGAAAAGAAAGAAGAAACUAAAGAUUUUAGAACAACAAGCAGCACAAGAGCAGGAAAAGGAGGAAGAACCAGAAGGAAAACCAAGUGAUGCAGAAAGUUCUGAGACUUCAGAUGAUGAAAAAGGCUGGGUUGAAGAGGUCAGGAAACAGCGCAAACUUAUACGCCAAGAGGAAAAAGUAAAACGGCAGGAAAGGUUCAAGGAGGAUCAGCAAACAACACUGAAACCUCAAUUCUUUGAGAUUAAAACAGGGGAGGAAUUUAGAAGCUUCAAGGACUCUGUCAAAAAGCAAAAGUUAACGAAAAAAACUCUUGGUGAUCGCUUGAAGCUUCAAGAAAAGCUUGGCACCCUCAGUGUUUCUGAUACCACAGUAGGCAGCAAACAGAUGACAUUCAAAUUAAAACAGUCAGAGCAGCAGAAGAAACAGCAGGAAGCUGAGAAGCAACAUCAUCAGGAGAGGAAAAAUAUCAGGCGUUCAGCUAGCCAUCUCAAGAGUAAACGUGGUAGAAGAAGACCCUUUUAAUUACUUCUUAAAGAAGCUGCUUUACUUUCACUUGUCACCUGGAAAGUGGGACUUUGCAGCACAGGCGUACUUCUUUUUGUAUCUAAAAGGUGGACUCAAGAAAACUAGAACCUGUUAAACUGGUUGUGAGCUAAUGAGAAGUUCACAAAAUGCUUGGAGUAUUUGGAGAAGACACCAUGAGAACAGUGUUACAAACUCAGUCUUGGUUUUGACUUGUGCGUGAAGCAGCAGUGAUUGGUUAUUGUGUAACCCUGGAUGUGAUUUAUAUGAAAGUCCUAUCUGUGUAAACAGGACCUUAUCUGUGUAUUUAAUUGGACAAACGGUGAUUAUUUUUUUAGCAUCAUGAAAUGUUCACUGUUUAAAUGUGGAUUGAAAAGUUUUAGGCUGCUGAGAGAUCAAGGGUUAAGUCAUUUUUCCCUAUAAUAGCUGACAUCAUAAAUGCACAAAAUAGGAAUCACCAUAGCUUUGGGUAUUGCUGUUGUCCUGAUAGCAGAUGAAAUCACACACAACCCUGAGUAGGGCCGGCUCCAGGGGUUUUGCCGCCCCAAGCAUCUCCUCUCCUCCCCCCCCCCAAAAAAAAAGUCGCAAUCUGCGGCAUUUCAGCAGGAGGUCCUUCGUACCGACUGGGAGUGAGGGACCCUCCGCCGAAUUGCCGCCAAAUAGCUGGACCUGCUGCCCCUCUCUGGAGUGGCCGCCUCAAGCACCUGCUUGCUAAGCUGGUGCCUGGAGCCGGCCCUGACCCUGAGCAUUGGCUUUGGUAUGUACUGGUACAUAAGGCCAUGAUUCAGCAAAGUAGUUAAGUGCUUACGUGUCUGCAAAUUGAAGUCAGUGAGACUAGUUGCAUGUGUGAAGUUAGGCACGUGAUUAGUACCUUGAUAAAUCGAGGCUUAAAUUAGGAAGCGACCAGUAUGUUCAGUGUACAAACAUGGGGCCUGAUCAUGUAAACCCUUUUUUAUGCAAGUAGUCUUUACCCACAUGAGUUAGUACUAUAUUACCAAUAUG